GAGAGAAAGUGGAGAGAGAUUGGCCUCCACAUUGCAGGCCAAAGCCGGGGAUCUCUCUCUCUAGUUUGAUUCGAUACAAUAGUGCCGCCCUCCACAUCCCCAAAGUUUAAACAGGUGGUUGUUGGUUUGGUUUUGCACAAACGAUAAAGAGAAUAUCUGCUUUUUGCCUUGUUUUUUUUAAUUAAUUAAUAGUAGUAACAUUUUAAUAAAAACAAACAUUUAAAACUUAAUUUAACUUAUAUAUUCUCGAUCUAAGCAUAUAAUUACAUAAUAUAAAUAACGCCUAUAUAGGCAUUAUUUUGUACGAAUUGCUUUCUUUUGCAGUCUCUCUUUCCUCCACUUUUCGCAGGGGGUCGCGUAGCGCAAUCUUUCAUACAUAUAAUAAAGCCCUCUUUUUAUCUUCCUUCUCUGAACUAUCGCUCCGUGUUCAACUCGCGUUUCAGCAGACACAGGAGACACAAAUCAAACAAGAGAGAGAGCGGAUACUUCUAGAAAGGGUUUCAGAGAGAGUUUUAGAGAGAGAGAGAAGGACUGAAUUCAUAGAGUAGCGGUGUUCGACUGCCAUUCGAACCGAUUUUGUGCUCUAAUCUCAGAUUUCAGGAUUUCAAAGCCAUUGUGCUUGUGAAUUUCUCGAUCUCUGUGAUUAGGUUUCAUUGAUUUAUUGUGUUGAUCGCGCUUCCAAUUGUUGAUUCUGCCGAUAUUACGCCCUUGAUUGCAGAAAAUUGGUGAUUUGUUUUAUUUGAAGUUGUGAUUAGUGUGAUGAUAUUUGGUUCUGAGAGAGAUUUGUGAUGAAUGAUGUUGACCUUAAUUGGUCUGUGAUGUAAUAUGGCACUGGUCUUCAACCCCGAAGAAGAUGUCGCUUUACAUUCGUCGCGAGGCUUCAAAGCUAUGGAAGAAAAUUUGUGCAGAGACAACAACAGAAUUCAACCUUCUUAUCGAGAAUUGGAAGUAUCUUCUUGCUGGUCUCAUAUGUCAGUAUAUUCACGGGCUGGCUGCUCGAGGAGUUCACUAUAUACAUCGGCCAGGACCUACUCUUCAGGAUGUUGGGUUCUUUCUUCUUCCGGAGCUUGGGCAAGAGAAGGCUUACAUAAGUGAGAGUGUUUUUACUUUCAUCUUUCUAUCCUUCGUUUUGUGGACUUUCCAUCCCUUCAUUUUCAGGAACAAAAAGAUAUACACAGUUCUACUGUGGUGCAGGGUUCUGGCGUGUUUAACUGCUUGUCAAUUUCUUCGGAUAAUAACUUUCUAUUCUACUCAGCUUCCUGGUCCAAACUAUCAUUGCCGUGAGGGUUCAAAGCUUGCCAGGCUGCCCCGUCCGGACAAUUUACUUGAAGUCUUAAUAAUUAAUUUUCCUCGGGGCGUAUUAUAUGGAUGUGGUGAUUUGAUAUUCUCAUCUCACAUGAUAUUUUCUCUGGUCUUUGUGCGCACAUAUCAGAAAUAUGGCACGCAGAGGUUUAUAAAGCAGUGUGCUUGGUUAUUUGUUGUGGCUCAAAGCUUGUUGAUUGUUGCAUCCCGCAAACAUUACACUGUCGAUGUAGUUGUGGCAUGGUACACUGUUAAUCUAGUGGUGUUCUUUAUCGACCAGAAACUGCCAGAACUUCCCGACCGCGCUGCGUUGUUGCUACCACUGAGCAAGGAUGGUAAGAUGAAAGAAGAGGAUCACAAGCUCCUAAAUGGGAACUCUGGAGAUCCUGCAGAUCGGAGGCAGAGAACUCAAGUGAAUGGCAAGAUUUCGGAAGAUGGCAACACAGUCCAUGCUGAUACAGUGAUGAAUGGUGUGUAGAUAAUAGAUGCUGCUGUUGUUGCAAUGAUAUUGCGUUUUCAAUCUCUACGACUUCAAAGAAACACAACUCAUGCUCGUGAAGACUGGUAAACCUGAUUUGUAUUUUAGUUGAAAUGGAAUUUGAGUUGUGCUUCCAAACACUCGGGCCAUGCUUCUCUGGUUAAUGCCAUUCUUUGUGAUUAGUUCCACCUUUCAAUAGCAAAUUUUUAUUUGUAUUCCUUA